UGACAGUAUUGGCACACUGCCGAAUGGCGUUGAUGUUUAAAUUUUUCGUUAAAAAAAUGUUAAAAAUUCGGUUAAGAAAUUGUGACCUAAUUCAAAUUAUUACGAGAUUUUGAAGUUGGUUCCUAUCUUCUCUUGUUUUAUUUGUUUUGAAGACAAAAAUGGUUAGAGCUACUGCCGUGGAGCCUACAACUCCAUUAAUGCCGAAAAGGAGGCAAAAAAUGACGUGUCAGGAAAUUUUGCCUUCCCCUUCAACUCCUCACAGAAUUGAAUUGAGGAGAGAUAGCUCCGAAGAUAUAAAAAAAAUUGCAAAGCCCCUUCCCCCAGCUGUAAAAGGUAGAAGAAGAUUAAAAAAUGGAGAUGUCAUCGUCAAUGGUCAACAGAUAAAAGCUAUUGAAAAUCAUAAAUUAACCGAAUAUUUUCCUGUACGAAGAUCUGUACGGAAAACUACGAAGACUGUAUUAGAAGAAAAACAAAGAAAUUUAGAAUUGAUUUUGAAAAAAGGAAUUGAAGAGGGACUAGAGAUUAGAAUAUUUGAAGGAAAAGGAAGGGGUAUUGUAGCAUCGAAAGACUUUGUAAAAGGAGACUUUGUAAUUGAAUACAGUGGAGAUCUUAUCGAUCCAAUAGAAGCAAAACUAAGGGAAGAACAAUAUUCUAGAGACCAAAAUACUGGCUGCUACAUGUAUUACUUCAAACACAAUGGACAACAGUAUUGUGUCGACGCGACAGCUGAAUCAGGAAAACUAGGACGUUUAGUAAACCAUUCUAGGAAUGGAAAUCUUAUGACUAGAACACUUAUGAUUGAUAACAAACCUCGUCUAGUACUUAUAGCCAAGGAAAACAUAAAAAUAGGUGAAGAGGUACUGUACGAUUAUGGUGAUAGAUCCAAGGAAUCUUUACAACACCACCCUUGGCUGGCAUAUUGACAAUUUUUAAUGAGUUUUAGUAGCAUAUCAAAAUAAAAGAUGUUUUAAUAUUAAUAGGAAUGGAUAUUUUUCUCAUUGUGAAAAUUAAAAUUCCGCAGAAUUAUAUUACAAAAAAUUGUUUCGAAAUUUUGCUAUGAUACAGAGUGUGUCAAAAGUGGAAAGUCUUUAUUAUUUGGUGAGUAUAUCAGAUUUCCCACCCAUAGUCACAUUUGAUAAUUUGCAUGUUACUUGCAAAUAUCUUUUUGGAUCAUAAUCUGUUGCAUAAUGCAAAGUUGAAGUAUUAUUAUAGAAGAGAAUUGUAUUUUUCUGUUUUUUUUUUUUUGUAUUAAAUAAUAAAAGUGUUAACAUUUUGACCACUGGAAUAAGAGAAUACUUACAAUAAGAAUUCAUUUCUUUAAAAUUGACAAGUAAUUUUUGAAAUCAUUGAAUCUUUCUUUUCGUAAACUCAUGUAAAACGCAUUUCAAUUGAUUUUAAUAGUUUACAAUAUGUGUUUAUUUAAUCAAUUUUUGAUUUUCUAAUUAAUUUCCGUGACAUUUAUUAUUUAUUUUUAUUAUUUAAUUGAUUUAAAUUAUUUUCGAAUGAUUAAAAAGGAGGAAUUGUAUAUAAAG